CCAGCAGCACUCAUUCUGCACUAUCAAACUAACCUAACGACUUCAUCAUUCCGUUUACCUCGACCGCCACAGGUAUUCAGGCGUUUUUCCCGGAAAAGCUAGACCGUUAUACGAUUUCCGUUUUCAUUAGAGGCAGACUUCGGGCGAAUUACUUAGGCCGAGCCAUUGUCAACUUCGAGCUCGUUCGUUCGUUCGUUUCCAUUCAUUCACCUCUACGCCUUAACAGUAACCCGACAUCGCGAUCGCAACCUAAUAUUAUUACGCAUCAAUCUCUACCGGACGGCGAAUAAAAUACGAUCGAUUUAAUCCUUCCCGUACCAACUUUCUUUUUCUCUAGACGAGUCAAGUUUCGCUGCGCUCCCAAGAUGGACGAGGAGGUAGAGCAGUUUAUGAACAUAACCGGCGUCGCAGCCGAGCAUGUAGCUCGCGGCUACCUCGAGAUAUCCGGUGGCGACCCGAUGCAAGCUAUUCAACUCUUUUUUGAGAAUCCCGAACUAGAGGCAAGCUUCAACGCGCCAGCUGCUUCCACCUCUGCCCCGACGAGACAGCCACCCGCCGCCACAACAUCAAGUCAAAGUUUCACCGGUCGCGAAGAUUCCCGAGGCGUCAUUCACAUAGAUUCUGAUGACGACGAUGAUGUUCAGAUGGGUGAUAACGACUUUGAUGACGAUGACGAUGUCGCGGCCAUAGCAAGAAACGCACAAGAGGAAGAGGAUGCAGCUAUGGCGAGACGAUUACAAGAGGAGAUGUAUUCCGAGAAUCAUACGGCUGGAGGGGACGGAGUGCGAGCUCCUAUCGCGCAAACGACAGAGACUCUCGCUGCGCCCGACCCAUCCUGGGGUUUAGAUGACGACCGAGAAGCUGCUGUAAUGGAACAACUGCGACGACGACAACGAGCACAGGGUGGAAGUACAAAUCCUUUCAACCAGUCAUCGGUCGACUGGUUCGACGUCGAGGACGGCACAGGCGCAAGCGCAAGCCCAAGAUCACGAUUCCCGGCAGCCACGGGCGCUCCAGACAGCACAACGCGAAGAUUACGAGAUCUAUUUGCACCCCCAACUGGCCUGAUUAGUCGUAUGCCAUUGGAUGCCGCAAGAGAUGUAGGGAAAGAAGAGAAGAAAUGGAUCCUCGUGAACCUCCAGAAGCUGGACGACUUCAGAUGUCAGAUUUUAAACCGAGACCACUGGAAGAACGAGAACAUCGUCUCCUUAGUGCGCGAGCACUUCAUCUUCUUACAAUACACCCUAGACGACCCCUUAUCCCAGUCGUACACGACAUUCUAUUUCCACAACCAGGCCCACGAAGACGAGAAUAACUACCCGCAUGUUUCGAUCAUCGAUCCUCGUACCGGAGAACAGGUCAAGGUGUGGUCAGGAGACUCGUUCCCUUCUCCAGGAGAGUUCCACCAAGACUUAGUUGAAUUUCUCGACCGCUACAGCUUAGAGGCCAAUAGCAAGAAUCCUGUAGUCAAGACGAAACCGAAGGCAAAGCCCAAGGAUAUUGGCCGCAUGACUGAAGAAGAGAUGCUUGAGAUGGCUCUUAAAAACAGUCUCGACGAAGAUGGAGGCCCAUCGGGACCCAGUGUUCUGGACCCAGAUGCUCUUACGAAGUCAAAUCCAGACAUUGGAAAAGGCAAGGGCAAGGCCGUCGAAGAGCCCGCUGACCUGGCCGGUGGCGCAGCUCAAACAGAAGAUGCGGCUGGAUCAGCAUUCGCUCAAAUAUCAUCAACCAACCCUCACGUGGAACCUGACCAUAACCCAGCGACUACGACUAGAAUACAAUUCCGACACGCUGGCGGUCGCAUAAUCCGUCGAUUCUCUAUCACAGACCCCGUCCGCCGUAUCUACGAGUGGCUCAAGGCCGAGCCCCUCGAGGGUAAGGAGGGCGUUCCAUUCGAGCUUAAGGCUAUACCUGGUGGAGACCUAAUUGGGGAGCUCGGGAAGAGCAUCGAGGAGGCGGGGUUGAAACAAGGAACGGUGAUGAUCGAAUUUAUCGAAGAGGACUCGUAGGAGGUUGCAUCACAGGAAAUCAAUUUUGCUGAGGAAGGGGACACCAGGGAUUAGGGGAACAUAGGAAUCGUCUGCAUCUUUAACGGCUCACGGAAUGCGUUAUAGACUUUGUCAUAGGUACAUUUGCAAUGGCUCAGGUUUGCUGUUGCCUUGAUAUUGCGCUAGAGCUGAAUCAAUCCUCGUAAAACUAA